AAAGGGAGGAAACUAUUGCCAGUAUGUGAUUGUAAAUAUUGGUCUGAGAAUGAAAGAGGAAUUCGCGUUUAUAGUGAUUCUAUUUCAUAUGUUUUGUAUUUGGGUAUGUGCAAGAGCCGAAACAGUGACUAUUUCGUCCGACACAUGUGGAGAUUAUUUCGAUUUUGGUUCAGAUUCAUUUGAUGGGCCGGAUGUUACUGUCCUCUACAAAGGCGACCCCGUUACCACAAGACUUGAAGAUGGAUGCUAUAUCGAGCUUUAUAACUGGGAUUCUCAAAAAACCAUAUGCAUGGAUGUUUUAACAAUGAAUAUAAACAGUUGUAGAACUAAUGUAUCGAUAUAUCGAAACAUUAUAAGCAAAUAUUUGGAGCCGGAACAGUCAUGGAGCUGCCGGUCCUCCACCUGUUGCACAUGGUGUGGUCCGACGAGAACUUCCAAUCUGUAUGUCCUGGUGGGGUCGCCACAAGCCGCUAGUCUUCCUGUUGACGAUGUGAAAUUGCGCUUUUACAGAAAACGGUUGCCGCACACAAGUGAAACUAGUUCUCCCCAUACAAUUGGCAUAGUAGUAGGAUUUUCAGUUGUAGUGUUCUUUAUAUUCAUUAUUGCGUUACUAGUGGCGGUGAAAAAACGUCAACAGAGGAUGACGAACAUGCCACAUGUCCUUUACCAAGCUACGCCCUAUCCUGCAAAUGGUUCAAGCCAACCUCAAUAUGGACAACCGGCGGCUGGAUAUAGUCCAUACCAGCCCCAUCCAAACACAAAUCAAUACCAACCGGCUGUUACUCCGUCCGCACCAGCGUUGGGAGGAAAUGCAGCCACUACUCGGGCGAAUAUUUACGAUCCGAACGCACCACCUCCGUCCUAUGAAGACUGCGUAAAGAGAAAAACUAUUUUUGUUUAAAUUACUAAUUUUACUACGAUUGUGAAACAAGUUAUAACAACAUUAUAUUAAUCACUCUCGUUGGCACGGUGUAACGCGAGAGAGUGGUCAUGUGAUGUAGGGGAAACCGGAGUACCCGGAGGAAACCCACUUAUACGGCUUGGCGACCACAAACCAAACUCACUCAACCAAACCAACAGAGAAACUACAUAUGUUUUAACAUACAAGAACGAUAUAGAAUAUAUUUCCAAAUACAUCAGUGCCAAAGGCCUAUGAAUAUACAUACAUAUUCUAAUGACAAACAUUCUUUUUUUCAAAACGUUGUCGGCAUUGUGUUAUAUAUUUUACAUAUGAAGCAAAUGAACAAAAACAGGUUGAACAACAAUAUGAUCGAAGAGAUAUUUCUACGACCUGCUACGACUUUAAAGCAAUAUAUAGAUAACUUGUCAUAAACGUUAUAAAUAAUGGCAUAUAAAUGUUUUGUUUCAUAUAUAAAUGCUUACUGAACCAA